AUGGUUUUCAAUGGGCUAGAUGAGGGUGAUACUCUAGAGAUCCAGAAUCGACGAGCUUCUCCUUCUCACUCUCCUGAUCCUCCAGUCAUCUCGAAUGUAGAAGCGGCUGCGAAGCCUGCUUCGAGUAGCAUGUCAUCUACACAAACGGAGAAUACUAGCUCAAAUGUGUCCUCGUCACUAUCGAUGAGCAAGCAGAUUGAAACCAUUGUAAUCAAAAUUGAAGAUGAUGAAGAUGACAAUACGACCCUAAAUAAGGCCAAGCCUGAUAAUAUUGAGGUACGCACAUUCCAAAGCGAGGCAUCUGUCGGAGAGCUGUUUGGACAUCGAUGGAGGACCGAGCCAGUGGUCGGAUAUACACUAGUACAUUUUGGAGGCUCUGAUCGUACCCGAAUGGUUCCUAUGAACCCUACAGUCCCAUCCCUGACUGUCACAUUCAAUCGUUCUGAAGAGACGAUCACAUUCUCGUUUAGAGUCCUAGUGAAUGGACUAUGUUUGUUAUCUUCCGGAGGCGGCCCUCCUGCUCUACAUAUGCCAGAAAUGGCCGAUGAUGAAGAGGAAGAAGAAGAGGAAGAAGUCGUCGUAGUCCCUGAUAACGAUAAGGAUGAUGUAUCACCAUCGCCUCCUGGAACAGCUAGCUCAGAUGCUCCUACAGACACUAAAACUGCAACUAUUUCAGCCUCAGACUAUCCAGAAGCGGCGUCUAUCGCCGAUACUAACAUGGAUACGGAUGUGAAUGCAAAUGCAGGUGUAGAUAUGUCUAUUAGUGAAUUGGCCACCAAUGAUGAAUAA